CGCACCGCCAGACCUCCGCUGCCGCUGCGUGCGCGCCCCCGCGCUCCCUCAGGUGAAUGGAGAGAGGGAGAGGAGUCCUGCGUGCGUCUGCAGCCGAGCUCAAGUGACUAAAAUGGGGCUUCGCGGACUGAGCAGCACGGGGGUGUUCCUGACAGUCUGCCUUCUGUGGGUGACUGGAUGCUUCACCCAAAAAGUUUACUUUGAUUGUGGAGCCAAGGUGGAUGUUGUGGAUGCGCAGGGCCUCAUUCUGUCCCCUGGCUUCCCAUAUAACUAUUCAUCUGGAACUCACUGUGUGUGGCAGUUCUUUGUACCUGUUGGUCACCAGCUAAUCAUGGAGAUGUUUGAUUUUGAUGUCUUUGAGAGUCAUGACAGUCCCACUACAUCGGCUGCCGAUGUGGACGAGGUACCGAGCGAUGGUGGCACGCUGGUAUCAAAAAGCCUCGGAAGUCCAAAAGAACCCCAGUCCACACACCGAGAGGACGUCAAGCAAGUGGUGAUCCAAGAACAGUCCACCAAAAUGGAGAUGACCAAAGUUUCCAAUUCUGCCAAAAUGCUUUCCGAUUCCCCCUCGGCUCCACAAGCGUCUCUUCCAGUUGAAAACAGAAAUUCAGUUUCCUCUCAGGCAUCAAGAGCAGCCAUUGACUUUAUCUCUUCAAGCCCACGUACGGCCACAGAAACGGGUGACACGGUGAGCCCUGAGACCCAGCCACCUUUGAUUGAUGCCUGUCCCCACGAUGUUCUCUACAUAUCAGAUCUCAUCACCUUCUCCUCCCGAUUCUGCGGCUCUAGACGGCCUUCUAGCAGCCAGUUAGUGUUUGGAUCUGAUGAUGAUAUGGUGGAGGUCAUUAUGGAGUUGAUUACCACUACCCACUGGGGCCGUGGUUUCGCUCUCCUUUUCCAUUAUCAGAAUCAAACUCAGGCAGCCACAAGCGAACAUCAGAGAUCGCUGUUCACCUCGGACAGCAGAACUGGUGCACUGCUCGGUGCUGUAAGUGGAACAGUUGUAUUUGCUGUGGCCCUUGCUGGCAUCCUCUGUGUGAUUUUCAGACCGAAACUAUGCGCAAAAGGAACCAAUGCUUCCUCUUCCAUCAGCUCAGAGGUUCCAGAAGGAGUGCUAAAUUCAGCGGCGGAUGUGAGUGAACUGCAGAUGGUUUCUCCCGAUCACUUGGAGCAGCAGCUGGGAACAGUGAACGACAACAACAACCGUUCCCUCAACCGCAGUCUGUCCCAUACAGGGUCUUCAGUAAAUGGAGCAUGUGACGUGUCAGAGAAGGCCGCUCUAGAGCAGUUCUCCGGCGGUCUGACUGAAUUAGAAUUAGGCACAGAUGAGGUUUUUGUCAUCGCCUCUGCACCCAACUCAGCCCAGCUGCCCUUCUCUCCACAUACUCAACGAGAGCGUUUUCUGAGGCACAGUGACACGGGACCCAGCCGUCCCUUCGACUGGCCGACUCCAGACCAAGCACUGCCUUCUGUGACACAGAGCAGCCAGGCCGGAUCGACAAACAGCACACGACCACGAGCAUGGAGUGUCCGAACCUUCCAGGAUCUUCUUCCUCCUCUUCCUCAACUCCAUAAGAAAUGGUGCAGCUGGAACUCAACCAGCCCAUUCACCAAGCUGGUGGACAGUGGAUUCCCAAGCACAGCUACAGACUCUGGAAGGGGAAAGGUCCUAUCUGAUGCUCCUCUUCACAGUCCUGCCAACAGCUGCCAGUCCGACUCCUUCAUGAGUAACGCUUCUUACCCCCUGACUCAACCCGCCCAGCGCCAGCGACGCCUCAACUCCACCAGCAACCUCAGACGCUCACGGUUCAACGCUCCCUGCUUCGGCCUGCUGUCCGGCACAUCUGAGUCCUCCAAAGCACAAACCAAUGGAAUUACGUCCCCAGACACCAGCAGUGCCCUGGCCAGCCAGCUGCAGGUCAAAGGUCAAAUAUCAAGCGUCGAGGAUGACCACAUCACUGUACCAGUGUUUGCCAUCUCAGAAGAGGAAGACCGACAGCCUCUAGUCACAGCAGAGCAUCCCGAGAAGCCUUUGCGUAUGAACGGACAGAUGUUUGAAGGCACAAAGAUGCCACUGCUAUCAAAAAGCCAAGCUCCCAGCAUCCAACCAAGCUCUUUACCAAGGGGAGGCCGUGGUGACGCGUCGGAGACGCAGGAUCCUUCAGCUCUCUCUUGUUAACAGUGACUCCAGAAGUUUGCCAGUGCCAUGAAGUUUGAGUAUGAUGGUCAUGUGACCAGUUCAGCCAAUAAAUGAUCUCAACAGGACUGAAAACUCAGCUUAUGAGCUGCUGUUCCAAUAUGCCGUGAAGUUUCAAAUGAGUUUAUGAAUAUUGGCAUGAACGAAAAAGUAAAGCACUUAUUGUUCUUUGUGUUCUUGUAUCUGCACAUUUAAUUUUCUAAGUAUAAAACCACCAUCUAACAGUAUAUUUUAUUACCUGCAAAUGUAUGUAUAUGAUAAACGUUUAACCAAGAUCACUUAAUGUUUCUACUCACUACUGAGAGUUUAGAGUUGUAGACUGGCUGCAUUGUUACUUUCAUUAUGAAAUUCCAUGUAUCUGCUCUAUGAACAAUACAGCUUGUUCUAAUCCCUUUGCAACCCGUAGAAGACCAAUUAGCUGGUCUGGUAGAAAGCUGCUUGGCAUCUCGCUUGACUUCCACAUGUUUCGUUUUUUUGUAAUUCACUUUGGGCCCAAUACACAUUUUGUACUGUUAAAAAAAAGUUAGUAAAUCAUAUAUGAAUGGAAAUGGCAUAUAUUGUUAUUUCUCAAGGGACAUAACCACUGAAAAUUUCAUUUUGACUUGUUUAAACUUUGUUCUACGAGUAAUUUUAAUCAAGUUACUGUUUUUCACCUAUAUCACUUACUAUGUGCCUUGUGGCCAUCAUCUAUGCUGCUAAAUAUGCACUGAUGCAAUACCUGAAAUUGUGUAUACAAUCCUAUUUUUAUAACGUUUGCAAUUUCAUAACUGUAUUCUUUAUAUGGUGUUUUCCUGAAUGCAGUAAUAUUGUCAACUGUACUGAUUUUGAUGGAUUAUAAAGGGAACUGAUCACCGUACAGACAUUUAAAAUGCAGUAACUAACAUUUAAUGCAAAUAAAGCAUUGUAUAAUGAUGUUGUGUGGUGCUGUAUUAUCUUUUACAACCAUUUCAGAAUAUCCAUAGAAGGAACAGAGUCCAAGAUAAUUGAAUGUAGUCUUUUAUUAUUAGUGCAGUAAAUUAAACAAGGUUUUAGGAUUUUUUUCUAGGCAUUACAAACAUGAGGCACAGCAAGCGCUAAAUCAACUAUAGAACGUUAACAGUGCUAUUAUAGGGGCUUCUCAAUAGUUACUCAAAAACCUGAUGAGCAGAAAACAUUUCCUUCUCCAUUUGAAGCCCCAGCUUAAACUUUAAUGAGGUAGAAUUAAACACCCCCUUUCUGAAAGAAAGAAAAAAUCCCAUCCAACCCAAGCAAGUAAAUGUUUGCUGAGUACAUCUCCCUUUCAGUAAAUGCAAAGCAGCCUCCAAAGCAUCUCUAACACUCGGGACCACUCCUGAAUAAAUCCCUCAACCCUUCCUGCAGAUGUUAAGAGCUCAUAUAACGAGAGCCGCUUUGGAGCUCACAUCGUAACAUAUUCAACUAACCUGAAACCACCUUUUAGGUUUAUACAAGAGCCUUAUGUGGUUUUCAGGAAGGUUUAUCUGAAAUGUUUAGGUAGAUAUUUGAAUAUAAAAUAAAACCCUUUUCCACAUAUCUUGAUAUUUUAGAUUUUGCAUACCAGUUAAUUUACAAUCAGAUAAAAUUUGGGGAAAGCUGCUUUAGAUAAAAGCAUCUACCAAAUGCAUCAAUGGAAAAACUAAAUAGAACAAGCAAGCAUUAAUUUGCAACAAGCAUGAACCCUAGUAGAAACAUUCCCAUAUAAACUUUCAAAUCCUGUAAAACCACAACUUAACAUUUACUAAUGAAGUGUAGCAAAUCCAACAAAUGUGGUCGUUUGUCAGGUGCCAUUAGGUCAGUGUGUGAGGUUUUAGAGUGCUGAGCCCUUCUGUCCACCUUCAUUAAAGCACUGGUGAGGGAUGUAGAGGAUUGGCCUCUAUAGUUAUAGCAAGUCUAAUCUGAGCCUCUGAAGAAUGCUGUGGUGUGACGAACAACAGACCCCAAAAACAUGCACAAGGCAAAAAAGCAACAAUAUUUCCAACAAUACUUUAUGUACAUGUUUAUGUAAAAUGUUCCCUGCAAGAUUUUUGGAAAUAUUUACGAAACAUCACAAUGAAUUAGAUAUAGCAUGUACGUACUUUCAGGUCUCUGAAAAACAAGUUACAAAUUUUUUUGCGCUUUAAUUUAAUUUUUUUUUUUAAAUAACAAAAAAGGUUGAAGGUUAAAAUGUUCUUAACUUUAAGAAUUUUCAUGUGGCUUUGAUGCUUAAUGCCACAUUUUAAACACUGACUGUGGUAACUGUUUCAUGGAUCACAUUGGCUUCCUCAGUGUAUUAAACUUUCAUUAAUAAAAAAAAAAAAAAAAA